UCGGAGCUGGAUCGGAAUCGACAGCGACCUCUUCCUCCUCCGCCACGCGUAUUCCCUCCUCCUCCUCCCCCUCCCCCUCCUUACCCACUAAGAAACACAGAAAGAAAGAGUGCCACCCCCCGCCUUCCCCUUGCCGCGUUUCCUCCCCUCCCCUCCCCUCCCCUCCCCUCGCGUCGCUCGCCGCCAUAAAGGGCCCUCGCCGCGUGUCGUCCAUCUUCCCAGGCCCUUUCCGCGCGGAUCCACCCGGCCCGGCUGCGAUUUCCCGUGAACUGCGUGCCGCCAGAUCGGGGCCUCCCUGCGGAUUCCGGCGCCGAAAAGGCCCCAUCUUGCCCGCUCCCCCAGGCCAUCUUGCUCGAUCUCGCCGCCGGCGGAACCGUCCGGAUUCGAUCAUCCUCCUCCUCCGCCGGCCCUCGCGAUGUGGGGGGACACGAAGCCGAUGCUCAAGUCCCGGGGCGGGGGCGGGGGCGGCGGCGGCGGCGACGAGGACGGCGACUACUUCCCCAACACGCCGCGCAAGGACUGGUCCACGGGCCUGCUCAAGCUCGUCACCGCCAUGGUCAUCUUCAUGGCCGGCGUCGUCAUCGGCCUCUCCGUCAGCGCCAACGUCUCCCGCUACUACUACAACUCCCACACCGAGCUCUUCUUCCCCACCGCCACCUACAGCUCCUGCGACCGGCGCGGCGCCACGGGCGACUGCGGCCCCGGAUUCAAGGCCUUCGUCCACCCGCCCCAACUCGCGCACUCCAUGACCGACGAGGAGCUCUUCUGGCGCGCCACCCUCGUGCCAACCGCCGACGAGUUCCCCUUCCAGCGCGUCCCCAAGGUCGCCUUCCUCUUCAUGACCCGCGGCCCGCUCCCCUUCGCGCCCCUCUGGGAGCGCUUCUUCCGGGGACACCAGGGCCUCUUCUCCGUCUACCUCCACACCAUACCGGACUACAAGCUCAACGUCUCCAAGACGUCCCCAUUCUACGGCCGCCAGAUCCCCAGCGAGGAAGUGUCUUGGGGAUCGAUAACCCUGGUAGAUGCUGAGAAGCGCCUGCUGGCCAAUGCGUUGUUGGAUUUCUCGAACGAGCGUUUUGUUCUGCUCUCGGAGAGCUGCAUUCCGGUGUUCAACUUCCCAACCGUCUAUGAGUAUCUCAUAAACUCGGAACACAGCUUCGUUGAGUCCUACAACAUCGACACUCCUCAGAGCGCUGGCCGCUACAACCGCCGGAUGGCCCCUCACAUCUUGCCAGAGCAAUGGAGGAAAGGGUCUGAGUGGUUCGAGCUUAACCGUGAGCUGGCCGUCCGUGUCGUAGCGGACCUCAAGUACUACUCGAUCUUCCGGAAGCAUUGCAGGCCAUCUUGCUACCCGGACGAGCAUUACAUACCAACCUAUCUUCAUCUGUUCCAUGGGUCGCUCAACGCCAACAGGACCAUCACAUGGGUUGAUUGGUCAAGAGGAGGCCCGCAUCCAGCGAGAUAUGGUGCUGGAAACAUCAAUGUGGACUUCAUCAAGGCCAUCAGGAACAACGGUACGCAGUGCCUCUACAACUCGAAGCACACCUCUGUGUGCUACCUCUUUGCCAGGAAGUUUGCUCCUAGUGCUUUGGGACCAUUGAUGAACCUCACUUCGACGGUGUUGGACUUUUGAGCUUGGCUUCGAAUCAGCAUUAUGUUAUCGAGCUAUCUCCAUGGACGAUCACUCGCUCGUGUACCGGUACCGGUUAGAGGUGCUCUGCUAGAUCAGGGACAUGUGUCUCUUCUUAGAUAGACGAGAGACUGCUGUCGAGGAUGCUUUGGCUGGCGGAUGACGCUGUAUGGGAUGGUGAAAUUUACUUCACUUAUCCUGAGGCUGAUUCCUGAGUAUUGGACGAAUGGCAGUACAACAUCCAGAGAGGACUUUUUCACCUCCCAUUCUUUUUGUUAUAUCAAUAGCUCUGUGAUAGAUCUUUUUCUCCUUUUCUUCUGCCCCCAUCUUUCUUAUUGUAACGACUUGGUCAGGAUGCUAAUUUUAUGUGAAUAUAACUUCUCAAUCA